AUGGCAGGUAAUAAAUUACCUAAAAAACGAGAUAGAAAAUCCUACUCCGCCCAGAGAUACCAAGCCAAAAAGCAAGAGUAUCACGAGCGAUAUCUCAAAAAAAAGACCGAAAAAGAACAACAAGAAAAAGAAAACAACGCCCAAUUAUACGAAGCUGACAGCAUUCAAAAUGAAUUAAAAGGAGCACUAGAAGCCAAGAAUAAGCAAGGAGAGAGCUAUGAAAAAGAGAUUGAAAUAGUUAAAUUUCAUGAGGAGCGAGGGAAAAUAAAGUGUUCAUGCUAUGACUGCAAAGCCAAAAAAGAAAUCAAGAAUCAAAUCCAAAGAGAAAUGCUUGGUGGACCAGAGAAGAAAGUUGAAUGUCCCGAGUGUGGUAAGCGAGUUAAGACUGAUAUAAUUGCCAAACUGGAAACUGAUUUGGGUAUCCUAGCCACUAAUCCCCAGGGUCAAAAAGACCUCAAGCAACCCGACUAUAAUAACUUAAAAGCCUUGAAAGACAGCGGUGGGGGUGGCAAUAAUUCCCAACUCCAAGACCAACUAACCCAAGCCAAACAAGACCGCGAUAAGGCCGCUCAAGAGCGGGAUGGUUAUAAAAAGGAUUUGGAAAAUAAGGAAAAAGAAAUCAGCCAAAAAUUAAAUACUGAAUUAAACUUACAAUUAACCGAACCGACCUUAGCCCAAGCAAUCACCAAAAUCUCAGAAUUAUUACGCAAACCAGAUAAUUCGACCGAUUGUGAAACUUGGAAACAACAACUAAGCCAAGCCCAGCAGACUAUUAUUGAUUUAGAAAAAAAACUUAGUGCCAGCGAGCAAUUAACCGCUAUUAAACAAAUUAGCCAGGAAUUAAUCAAUAAAUACCUAGGUAAUAAAGAAAAUUAUCAGCAAGAAAAAAGUCAAUUAAUUAAGAAGCAAACCCAGGAAAGAAUAAUCUUUGGUAGUUUAUUAGUAGUAAGUUUAUUAACCAUUAGCAGUUUAAUUAUCAAGUUGAAAACGGGUGGCCAAGACCAGUUUCGUGGUUGGUUUAACUCCUCGCUAAUUACUUCGGUUAUACUCACUGGCAAAGCACCCUAUCAACAAGUGCUUUCCCAUGGUUUCGUGGUUGAUGAAAAAGGCUAUAAAAUGUCGAAAUCGUUAGGUAAUGUUAUUGACCCGGAGGAAGUUAUUAGCCAGUAUGGGGCCGAUAUAUUGCGUUGCUGGGUAGUUAGUUCCGAUUUUACCAAAGAAGUAAAAGUUAGUAUCCCCAUUUUAACCAAGAUUCAGGAAAGUUAUCACAAAAUUCGUAAUACUUUACGCUUUCUGCUCGGUAAUUUAGCCAAUUUGCCACCGGAAAUAAAAAGUGAAAAAGAUUUGGUCCACGAAUUAAACUUGGUUGACUACUAUCUACUUCACCGAUUAGAAAAAUUGGUCGAAGAAAGUGAAAAAAAUUUUCAGGAAUAUAGUUUUAAUCCGGUUUAUUCCUCGCUAUUAAAUUUUUGUAUUAACGAUUUAAGUUCUUUUUAUUUGGAAAUUAGCAAAGAUAGUUUAUAUUGUGAUAGUUUAUCGGCACUACGCCGCAAGCAAAUUAUUACUACUCUUUAUUAUUUAUUAGCAGGUUUAUUAAAAGUUAUUGCCCCGAUUUUACCUUACCUAGCGGAGGAAGUUUAUCAAAAUAUUCCUUGCCGCUUUGGCUUGACCGAGUCCGAAAGUGUUUUUCUAACCACUUUUUCUCUGAAAUUACCUUGUCUACCAGAUAGGGAAAAGAAAAUAGCACUAAUUACUAACUUUUUGCUUCCUUUACGCCAGGCGGUUUAUCAAGCCCUAGAACAAGCCCGCCAAGAGAAAAUUAUCGCUACUAACUCUCAAGCCCAGUUAACAAUUUAUCUCAAAGAGGAACAAGCCAGCGAUUAUUCCGAAUUAAACUUGCCCGAACUAUUACUAGUAGCCAAAGUAGAAUUUCCGCCCGCCCAGGAAAAUAAGAAUAACGUUUGGGAAAGUGAUUUUUGCUCGAUAGUAGUGAAAAAAACUGCUAAAGAAAAAUGUCUCAGGUGCUGA